UCUAGUCUGGGAAUUUUUUGUGGUUAGGAGCGCGUGGCAAAGAGGUCGGCAGCCUUUGUAGGUAGUGUUUGAGUCGUGGUGGUUGUGUAUGUCUUAUCAGUAUUGAUGUUUUGGGGUUAGGAGCGCGUGCCAGUGUGAGUUAUAGAAAUGUGUAAUGGUGUUAUCACAAUAUGUUUUUUAUGAUUCAUUGUAAUUUGUGGUUUGUAUUUUGUUUAAUGGGUUUAUAUGUCUACAUACAUAUGUGAGAAAAAAAAAUGUAUAUUCUAGCAAUGAUUGCUUAAGUGUUUUUAUUUUUAGAACAGCUCUGAUAUAGAGAACAUUAAUUGGGGGAAGUAGAAAAAAUAAUAUGUUUUGGUGUGAAAGAUUAAGGGAAGGAGAAACAUUUUGUAUCUGUGAAUCUGGAUGGUUGGACAUAAAAUUUACGGAUGUAAUAUUCUAUAAUGACACAUUAAAAUUGAUGCUACAGCCAGAAUAUGGAAGCGAAUGCGUUUUGUUUCAUAUUAGAAAUGGUGAGACCGUUUCGCCUAUUCUGAGUUUUAAGUUGCAGUUUCAAUCUAUGCAACAUGUACGGUUUAAACUUUUAGGAGGGGAGUUAACACUGAUCGGAACGAUUACACCUCAUUCGAAUGCUGUAAAGAGAAAAGAGGGUGAAUAUCCAUCGCUUUGUCCAUUUGGUGAGGUUGAAUUACUUAAUGAACCUCAAAAACUUAAAAAGAAAAAAGACAGUCAUCGCAUAAAAAUAGAGACAGUUGAACGAGUUCAUGACACAUCAUUUCAAUCGAAUGUAUUUUAAUAUAAACAAAAUGAGAUAAGAAUAAAAGA